AUGUCGACUGCAAUGGCGACACUUUACCUGAUCGUAUCUAACGCAUUUUGCCUUAGACUCAUGAAGUUCAAAAUCGCAAAACAUAGUAUCGUAGGUAAUAGUACCAGACUGGAGUGCAAAUACGACUUGCAAGGUGAACAAUUAUACACAGUCAAAUGGUACAGAGAUACUCAAGAGUUUUAUAGAUUCCUACCGAGGGAAUCUCCAGAAAUUCAAAUGUUCAAAGUAAUGGGAGUGUACGUUGAUCAGAAACAGUCUACUGCAGAAAGCAUUGUUCUAAGGGCUCUGGAAGUGGAAAGUAGCGGAAAAUACCGGUGCGAAGUUUCCGUCGAAGCACCGUCAUUCCAAACCGUUACCAACUAUUCUGUGCUCACCGUCGUCGUGCCUGUUGGAUCUCACAAAUUGGAGGUUAACCUCAUUUCUACUCCUACAUCAUCUACUCAAUCUCUAAACAUCAACAUGAUUAUAUUCCUGUGCACCAUUGCGGGCGGCUAUAUCACGGGCAUUGAACGUUCACGUUGA